UACGACGAAAUGCGACUCACGUGCACAACCAAUCAACCAAUACAUAACAAUACUAAUAUUUCAUCUAAGCGCAUAGCGCACCCUAUACCCAGUUCUACGGCGCAAUUUAGCACAAAACACACCUCUCUUUCUUUCUCUAUCUUCAUCUUUAACCUUUUCCCCUUCAACCCAAGAAAAAACCCAUUAUAAACUCAAAGUCUCCGCUCUCUUGGAGACCGAGGAAGCCAUAAGAACCUAAGAUAACUAUAGAGCGAGAAACUGGGGUUGGAGUUAUCUAUAUAUUUUUAGAGAGAGAAAGUGUGUGUGAUUCCGUACAGUGAGAUUAUGGGAAGUGGUUCAGCAACUCUCCCAGCCAAGCGUUCCGUAAUGUCCGAUCCCACCUCUCUUAACGGAUCCUCGAAACGAUCGAAGAAGCCUCCUUCGUCGCAGCAGCAGCAACAACAACCUCUCGUUGUUCCUCCUGGACACGUGGCCUUCCGCCUGCUCUGCCACGCGUCGAGGAUCGGAGGCGUGAUUGGGAAGGCCGGCAGUGUGAUCAAGCAGCUACAGCAGGCUACUGGGUCUAAGAUUCGGGUCGAAAAUGCCCCCGAAGAGUCUCCGGACCGGGUCGUCGCGGUGGUUGCGCCGAGUUCUGUGGUGGGGAAAAUUUCGCUGAAGAGUCCAAUUGGGGGUGAUGGGUUUGAUUUUGGAGGUGGGGAAGAGAUGGAUGCGUCUAAGGCCCAGGAGGCUCUUCUGAGGGUUUUUGAUCGGAUUCUUGAGGUUGCGGCGGAGACCGGCGCUGUUGGUGCUAGUAUCGGCGUUGUGUCGUGCCGGUUGCUGGUGGAUGCUGCUCAGGCCGGGUCGGUAAUUGGAAAGGGAGGGAAGAUUGUGGAGAAGAUAAGGAAGGAUUGUGGGUGUAAAAUUAGGGUUUUGACUGAGAUGUUGCCGGCUUGUGCUGACUCCACUGAUGAGAUGAUUGAGAUAGAAGGGAGUGUUUUGGCUGUUAAGAAAGGACUUGUUGCUGUCUCUCGGCGUGUUCAAGAUUGUCCAUCGGUUGAUAAGUCAAAAGCUGUUGUUGGUAGCAGACAACUUGAAACUUUAGUUCCUCAAGAGGCUUUACCUGAUCUGCGUAUGGAACAUCUUUCUCACAGAAAUUUGAUGAUGCCUACUUAUACUAUUAGCUCCCUUAGUCUGCCUACCAGCUCCAUCGGUUAUGUUUCUGGGGUUCGUCCCUUGGCGUUGGAGUCUGAAAGGAUCCCAGCAAUUGAAGAAAAAGUUCAACAACAGGAGGUUUCUUUCAGAAUUCUUUGUGAAAAUGCUAGGAUUGGGAGUGUAAUUGGAAAGGGAGGUUCAGUUAUUAGGGCUCUUCAGAAUGAUGCUGGUGCUAAUGUAAGUGUUGGAGUGUCAGUGGCUGAUUGUGAUGAACGAUUGAUAACAAUUUCUGCAUCAGAGAACCCUGAAUCAAGGUAUUCGCCAGCUCAAAAGGCCGUGGUUCUCGUUUUCUCAAGGUUUUUAGAUGCUAGCUCUGAAAAGGGGCAAGAUUCUGAUUUCAAUAAAGGCUCAUCUGUUACUGCACGGCUUGUUGUCCCAUCAAAUCAAGUUGGUUGUUUAUUGGGUAAAGGAGGUUCAAUAGUUUCCGAAAUGCGGAAGGUAACUGGUGCUAACAUAAGAGUAAUAGGGGGAGACCAGGUCCCAAAGUGUGCCACAGAGAAGGAUGUAGUGGUACAGAUAUCAGGAGAUUUUUCAAGUGUGCAAGAUGCAUUGUACAAUGCCACUGGUAGAUUAAGGGAUAACCUUUUAUCCAGUAUAGUAAACAGUGCUGCAACAAGGAAUGCUUCGACUUUGCUAACUAAUACUAGCCCCUAUGCAAGAAUGAGGGACCCUGCCCCUCCUACAAUAAAUACUUCACCGCCAAUUGGUGUUCAUAGUUUCACUCAACAUUCUACACUUGGUCAACGCGUAGAUCAUCUUGGACUUUCUCACGCUUUAAAUCAUUCUUCUCCAAGACAAUGGGAAUCACAGAUGAUGGCUGGAAUUAGUACAAGGGGAUUCUCUGAAGCUGGUGGUGGAUUCUCUGAUGCUGUUAGGGGACUCUCAGAAGCUGGCGGGGGAUUCUCUGAUGCUGUUAGGGGAUUCUCUGAAUCUGGUGGAGGAUUCUCUGAUGCUGUUAGGGGAUACUCUGAAGCUGGCAGGGGAUUCCCUGAUGCUGUUAGGGGGUUUUCUGAUGCUGGCGGGGGAUUCUCUGAUGCUGACAGGGGAUUUUCUGAUUCUGGCAGAGGAUUCACUGAUGCAGGCAGGGGAUUCGUUGAUGCUGGCAGGGGAUUCGCUGAUACUGGCAGGGGAUUUUCUGAUGCCGACAGGGGUUUCUCUGAUUCUGGCAGGGAUUUCUCUGAUGCGAUCAGGGGAUUCUCUGAUGCUAGCAGGGCAUUAAGUUCUCUAAAAGGUGGCUUGGAACUGGCCGGCAGUGGAAGCAAAUCAGCUAUUGUAACAAAUACAACCGUAGAGAUCAUAGUUCCUGAAAAUGCUAUUGGCUCUGUGUAUGGGGAGAAUGGGAACAACUUGACUCGACUAAGACAGAUUUCAGGUGCCAGGGUCAUUGUGCACGAACCACGUCCUGGAACAAGUGAUAGGAUCAUAGUUAUCUCUGGUACACCCGAUGAAACCCAGGCAGCUCAGAGCUUGCUACAUGCUUUCAUUCUUACUGGACCUUCAUGACAACUUGUAGAGAAGUGAGAAGGAAACAAUUUAGGUCUAUUAACCGCAUACUCUCGUCUUCUCGGUCAAAGGGUCUUCACAGUACAAGGAAGAUGAUUGAGAUUUAAGGUAGGCCUAAUUCACAACUUUGGUGGUGGCAUGAAAAUUUCCAUUGAUCUCAUGAAAAUUACUAUCCAGCAUUUUAGACAUUAUGGCUGCUGGAGUGAGGUAUGUCGAAUACCCCAGAAUAUUAUUAUUAUUAUUAUUUAAGCGCUUUUCUUAAUUAUUAUGAUUGUUGUGAUACAUUGUUUUAAUAUUCAUGUUAUUCCUUUGUUA